UAAAAGUGGUGCUUCACCUUUUAAACGCAGCAGAUGCAGAGCUCUCGUAUUCACUGUGUUGUUAGCAGUGUUGGCGAAACAUUCAAAGAGAAAGUCUUAAAUCAUGCAUGCUUUUACCGUUUUUUGCCCUUUGCUGCUGAUAUGGUCGUGCCAAAUAAAGAAAAGCUGGUCCAAUGUGACUGCUGAAUACCAAAUGCAAGACAAUUCCACAACAGAGAAUGACUAUUCCACAGAGACGGUGGAUUACAGUGAUCUUGAAAUAAUGUGCGAUAGAGGCUCCAACCGUUCCUUCCGCGCCUGGUUCCUGCCCACCAUCUACACCAUUAUCUGCCUCCUGGCCCUCGUGGGAAACUUUCUGGUCAUCCUAACCUACCUUUACUUCAAGAGGCUGAAGACGAUGACUGACGUCUACCUGCUCAAUCUAGCCAUGGCUGACCUGCUGUUUGCAAUUUCUCUCCCCUUCUGGGCAGCUAGUUUCAUGAGUAAGUGGCACUUGGGUCUGUAUCCAUGCAAAGCCAUGUUCACCAUCUACAAGGUCAGCUUCUUCAGUGGUAUGUUCCUACUCACCUGUAUCAGCGCAGAUCGCUAUUUCUCCAUAACAAAGGCUGUCUCUGCUCAUCGCUGUCGCUCCACUGCAGUCUUUUACGGACAGGUGUCUUCUCUGGUUACUUGGGUAAUGGCAGUGAUCUUUGCUGUGCCUGACAUGGUGUUCUCUGAAAUCAACAUUAAUGGCACUUGUAUGGCAAAUGGUUCCAACUAUGAAGACUACCGCAUUAGGAUGCUGGUAAGUCAGAUGAUCCUGGGUUUUAUAAUUCCAACGGUUGUCAUGGGGUUCUGUUACACCUGUAUCAUCAAGACCCUUAUCCAAGCCAAGAACUUUGAGAGGAAUAAAGCCUUCAAAGUCAUCAUUGCUGUGGUAUCUGUCUUCGUGUGCAGUCAACUACCCUACAAUGUAGUCAUGGGAGUGACCACUCAGGAAACAACAGAUUGCAACAAGGACAAGAGUCGCCUUUACGCUUUGGAUGUGACCAGAGCCUUGGCCUUCUUGCGCUGCUGCAUAAACCCAUUCCUGUAUGCCUUCAUUGGGGUAAAGUUUCGCAAUGAUCUCCUGAAGCUACUGAAAGACUUGGGAUGUAUCAGCAAGAGCCACCUCAUGUACACCCACUGCGGUAAACGAAGAUCCUCUGUCGGCCUGGACACCGAAACCACAACAACAUUUUCCCCCUGAAUGCUCCUGUCUGUUAAGGACCAGAUUCCAGAACAACAACAAAAGUUUUGCCUAUGUUACAUAGUGGCAAAUCGAUUCAUAAGCUCCAUUCUGAUCAAAGUGCCUUGUGGAGGACCAUAUGGUGCCCUAUACUGGCAGUGUUACUAGUGACUUAUUGUACAAAAACUUCCCGCUUUGUAUCAACAAGCUUCUCACUUCUUGUUAUUGACUGCGCUUCGAGAAAUGUCUAUCACUCUUUGUUAUAUGAUGUAGCCAUUUUGUGUUCAAUAUCUUGUUCUCAAUAUCAAUAUGCUGUAUAUUACACCUGCUUUCAAAAAUGUUUAAGGCUAACUAUCCACCAAGUUCCUUUACUCUGUCUGAGAUGUUAUCAAA